CAGCGAUGGCGAUGGCGAUGGCUUCGCAGCUCUGGGCGCUGCUGGACGAGAUGGUGGAGAACGACCCCCGCGCCUAUUGGCGUCUGCAGCGGCAGCUCCGUGGGUGGCCCGAGCCCCGCCUGAGCCUGCGGGGCCAAGCACGGGGCGCUGUAGGGCCGCUGUUCAUCAACAUCUGCAGCUGGAAAAGGGUCCCGGCCCCCCAGGCUCCCUCUGCCCCCACCCCUGCCAGCGCGGGGCGGCUGGAAGAGGUGGCUGAAGGAGAAGCCCUUUACAGCGUUAUAGAUGUUGCGUUUAACCCAGACGUUCUUCAGAGGGGAGAGGAAAACCCGGAACACAUGAAGCACUUGAUCCACUUGACGCUUAAAUUCGUUGAGGAACGAUGCAACCUCCUUCUUUCCGAUUCAUACACCGUGGAGUCAUUCAAAUUGAAAGGAAGCCUGGAAGCAAUGAGGCAGCGUCUGGCAGGAGGGUGGGUGCCAGCUCCAUUUCUCAGCCAGCACACAAAGAAGGAACUGAGGCUGGAUCAGCUGCUGCACAGGGCAGAAGCUGAGGAUGACGGGAAUGCUCCUGUGCUGCUGAGGGAAGAGGGUACGGCACAGUCCAAAGCGCAUCUGAUAGAGGAAAUUGCCAGCUCUGAGAUGCUAGAGAAGCUGAGCACCCCCGCCUAUGAACUGACCACUGUGAGGGAUGCAAACGAGAAACCACUCCGAAUUGAGCUCAGAGUUGAGUUGCCAAAGGUCGGCUCUGUUUCCGAGUGUGAUCUGAGUAUUUCCAAGGAUGACCUAAUCAUUGAAGUUCCUGAAAAGUACAAACUACAGCUCGAUCUGCCAGAACUGGUGGAUGAAGAGGCAGCUACAGCAGUAUUUAACAAAGGAAAACAGAUCUUGGUGGUCACAGUGCCGGUUGCCAGGCCAGACCCUUAGAGGGCAUUGUGUCCAGCGUCUGCUCACAGAAGAUGGGCUUCUCAUCUUGGGCUUUCGUUUUGUUCUGGCUUUUAGAUGUUUUUUUUUGCUGUCCUUCUGGUCUUUGGAAGCUGCAUGUAGAGCAGGGAGCCUGGAGGAACGCUGGCAUCACCAACUUAGGGACAACAUGAGUGAAGAUCGUAACUCCCCACAGAGUGUCGGGAUAGGGUAGCAGCUUUGGUGAAGAACCAACCCCAAAUGCACAGAUGCUUCACCACAUCUUUCUUUUUGCCUUAGUGUACGGCUAUAACAACUGUGAGAGUUCUUUGCUAAAUAAAUUGACUGGAUUCAUGUGGUCAGAGCGGCUCCAACUGGUAUUUAAGGCUGAAGAACCAGCAGAGGUGUGACAGACACAGGUCUACCUGUCCUGAUGUUGCCGUUCUCAGGACAAUCCCUGCUGAUCUGAACUGGAAGAGGCUACGUAGUCUUUCAGUCACCCAAUAUGCUUGAUCUCUGUGAAACACCAGAGCUGUUCUGUGCUGUUCUAAACAGCACAGGGAGAGUCAAAGCUCAGGAAGCCCAGUGGGAAAGUAGCGGCCAAAACUAACCCUGGAGCACUUCAACUGGGAAAAUCAUUUAUGUUAGUUUACACUAAAACCCAACAUACAAAAGUCACACAAAGCAACACAAAACAACAUCAAGGAUCGAGAUUAAUUGGGAAAGGGACAAACACAAGUUUCACUCAUCCUCAUUUCAUGACUGCUUGGGCAGCACAUCCUUCUUACAGCUUCUAGGGCACAUCUGCACUACGACCAUGACAUCAGAGCAGAAACAGAAACAGAAACAAACAGGGUUUGAACUGCAACUUUACAAUAAAGGCUUAGGGAAGAGCAGCAACUCCCAGCUUUCCCUCUUCUUUGUUUCAAAGCAGCUCAGCAGCUGCACCAAAACACGGUUCUGUGGUUACCCUUCCAAGCUCAAGCUGAAAUCCUGUCGCUCCGUGAGCUGGGCUGCCGCAGGAUGCAAACAACACAACUCAUAGAACGGUUUGGGUUGGAAGGGACCUCAAAGCCCAUCCAGUUCCACCCCAUGCCAUGGGCAGGGACACCUCCCACUGGAUCAGGGGCUCCGAGCCCCAUCCAACCUGGCCUGGAACCCCUCCAGGGAUGGGGCAGCCAGGUCACCAUCAGCACUCCAAGAACAUGCACUGGGUAGGCUUUUGGAGUUGCAAGUGUUCCAGAGCCUGGCAGGCAUUCCAGGAGCGUUUCCAUAGGAUAAACCUUUUAGAGUUCUUACUGCAGGAGGAAAGGGAAAGGUCUCCAUAGCCAGAACUGGAGGUGCUGGUGAACACUGCAGCAAGGAAGCCAGAGUUCAUUACUGCACAACAGUAAUGAAGUAUGUAUUAUUU